AUGGCUUGCUCUGGCUGUCGUUUGGUCGUGUUCUGCGAUCGUGAAUGUCAAGUUGCAUCGUGGCCAAAUCACAAAAAGCACUGCAAGUCGCCGCUCAUCAAGCCUUCGUGGUUGCCCGCGUGGACUUCCCAGAACCGCCGUCCCCGAUUCAUGUCCGAAGCCCCUCAAGCCGUGCAGACCGAACAACGCGAGAAGGGCAAGAGCCACUUCUUCGGCAACACGAUUGCUCAGGAUGUGAUCAAGCUGGCGACAAAUGAAGGUGAAGACUACGACAAAGACCUGAACAUUCUUUUCGCUGCAUCUGGAGACCUCAGACAUGUUGUUCAAUCCGUCAUUGACCUUCCUGAAUCAUACACAGGCAAGGUCUCGCUGUACAUCAACGACAAGGACUUCGCCGUUGUCGCCAGGAACAUCAUCAUCACUCUGAUUGCGUACAAAGUUCCGGACGAGGCGAUCGCAGUCGAGUGCAUCCUGCACAUCUGGUACUCAGCCUUCCUCACGCCGGAAGCUGCGAGUGCUAUGCGUCUGCUCUCUCCGCUCUUUGCUGGUGUGCUAGACCGUCUCAAGGUUCAAGGUCCAGAAGACCUUCUAUCGACAGAGUGGACUCUGGGCUCAUCUACCUGUGAGGUUGUGCUCCGCAAGCGACAGUGGCAGGUAAUGCCACUUUUCACCUCCAUCACAUCCCCAACAGAAGAUUUGCGAAAGGCAAGAACCGACACUACGCUGGCACCCACACUCCUCGACGACAGGCACCGCCGCAUGUUUGUGCUCCGGCCAACGGAUCGUGUCUGCUGGGACCGCUUCCGUCAAGAUGGUAUACUUCUCCCGUUCGGUCAUUCUAGAGAGGAGUUUGAGAUUGUCAACCCGACCUUGUUUGUAGGCAGCCGCUGGCUCUUGCACGACGAAGAUGACCCGCUCAACGGCUGGGACUGGGGCGAGAUCAUGCGGACAGACUCCGGACCAGCCACGAAUGACUUGUACGGGAAACUCUACUUCUUGCUGUCCGAGAAGUUGGCACGUUUCGUUCGCCGCAUUCGAUCUGGACCAUUUCACUUCCACUUCCACAGUCGAGACGCCGCCAUACUACCAAAAGUCUUCACGAAUAUCAGAUUCGCGCGCAUCGAGACAUCCAACAUCGUCGACGAGUACUACCUAGGGACUCGUAGCACCGUCUGGCUGCUUGGCGGAUUGCUCGAAGAAGUCGCUCAAAACCCGCACGCAACACUCGUGACUCUCUACAUGAACGCCAUUGAUGCUGUCGCAGGCAUCAAAUCCGAAGACGACCCAGAGUGGAUACGAUUUCAAACACAGGCAGAGCAUUUCAAAAAGUCCGAGAAAUGGUUUGACCUCUACAAGAAGGCCAUCCAGAUGUCCGAGCUCGAACGCAUCAGCACAAAAGUCAUCCCCGGCGGAGUCGUCAUCAAGGAAGUCAAUACGGUCGUGGAGAAGUGGCCGGGAAAGCUCAAAUUGUCGGCAGAUAAGGUGGAGGUCCAGAAAGAGUUCGACGUGAUCAAGCACUCUAACCAACGUGGUGUGGUUCGCUAUGUGGAGUGGAAGCGAGGCUCGAAGUGCUGA